ACGUUUGCCCGGAGCAACGCGUAAUCGUAGCCUACUAAGCAACCGAUCCCGCAAGUCUAGUAGCUCUCCCGCCAUCUCCCACAACAUGUCGUUCGAUUCGUCCAAGCUGUUCCAGACCUACCAGAGCCACCGGGACAUCAAGCAGUACCUGGACACGCUGCUCCAGCAGCACUCGAGCAAAAUUGAAGUGUUCUCCCGGGCGGAAUCGUACGAGGGGCGUGAAAUCCUAACCGUCCGCAUCUGCCACGAUGUGCGGGAGCAGAAGCGCCCGAACCGCUGGUGCAUCCUGAUCGAUGCUGGCAUCCAUGCCCGGGAGUGGAUAACCGUCUCGGUGGCACUGUUUAUCGUCCGCCAGCUGAUCGAGAAGGACGAAAUUAGCGCGAAAAGCUUCCGCAGCUUCGAGUGGAUCAUACUGCCGCUGCUCAACCCGGACGGGUACGAGUACAGCCGUGAGCAUAACAAAAUGUGGCGCAAAACACGGCGACCGCUGGGGCCACGCCAUCGGCGCAGCUGCGUCGGCGUUGACUGCAAUCGCAACUUUAACGUGGCGUGGACGAUUGGUAGCGCCCGGUUCUGCUCGCUGCUGUACCGGGGCGAGCGCCCAUUCUCCGAGCGGGAAACGAAAAACGUGCGUGACCUAUUUCGCAAGCUGCGCCCAGCGUGCAAGUUUUACCUUUCGCUCCACUCGUACGCGAAAGCGAUACUCUAUCCGCGUGCUUACACCAGGACACUGCCCCGCAACUGGCAGAUGCAGCACACGAUUGCGGAGGCGGGCGUGGAAGCGAUGAAGAAGGCUACCGGGGUGCGGUACCGGUGUGGCAGUGCCUCGACCGUGCUGAACCGACCGGUCGGUGGGUCGAGCAUCGACUAUGCGCACGACAUCGAGAAGGUACCGGUGGCGCUCGUGAUGGAGGUCGCCUCGAAGGGUUUCCAUCCGCCGGAGGCGAACAUCGAGCGGAUCUGCGAGGAAAGCUGGAUCGGUAUCGGGGCGAUGGUGAACUGUCUCGCUUCCAGCUUCCGUUCCGUGCUGAAGGGCAGCGGUACGCUGCAUCUACGCUGACGCGCCCAUUCAUCAAAACAGGUGCAGGGGGUGUUCUGUUCUGGUAAAAUACAGAGUGUCCUUGUUUGUUUUUUA